GAUCGCCGUCUCCGCCGCCGAGGCCAGGCAACCAUGGGGAAGGAGUCCAGCCACAAAAAGGGGGGAUGCGACUGCAAGCGCUUCCUGAAGAACAACUGGCUUCUGCUCAGCACCAUCCUCGCCGUGGUCCUGGGCAUUGGACUGGGAGUCACUGUUCGGGAAUAUGGAAAACUCUCAAAUUUGGACAAAUUUUACUUUGCAUUUCCAGGAGAAGUUCUAAUGAGAAUGCUUAAACUUAUCAUAUUGCCUUUAAUUAUAUCAAGCAUGAUAACAGGUGUCGCUGCUUUGGACUCCAGUGUUUCUGGAAAGAUUGGCUUACGGGCAGUUGUAUACUACUUCUUCACUACAGCCAUAGCUGUAAUCCUAGGGAUUGUUUUGGUUGUGACCAUCAAACCAGGAGUUUCUCAGAAAGCUGAUGAAAUUGACAGGGUGGGUAGCACACCUGAAGUUUCUACAGUGGAUGCUAUGUUAGACUUAAUUAGGAAUAUGUUUCCAGAAAAUCUUGUACAGGCCUGUUUUCAACAGUAUAAAACCAAACGUGAAGAAAUAAAAGUAAAAAAUGGCACUGUUCCUACAGAAGAACCAGUCACAAUUGUAAUGCCAACAGAGUCUUCCCAGAAUAAAACUAAGGAAUACAAAAUAGUGGGCAUGUAUUCCGAUGGUAUUAAUGUGCUUGGCUUGAUAGUCUUUUGUCUUGUCUUCGGAAUCGUUAUUGGGAAAAUGGGACAAAAGGGACAAGUGCUGGUGGACUUUUUCAAUGCACUGAAUGAUGCCACAAUGCAUAUAGUUCAGAUAAUAAUGUGGUAUAUGCCAUUGGGUAUUUUAUUUCUGAUUGCUGGAAAGAUAAUAGAAGUUGAAGACUGGGAAAUUUUCCGCAAAUUGGGUCUUUAUAUGGCUACUGUACUAAGUGGACUUGCAAUUCAUUCUGUUGUGAUUUUGCCACUAAUAUACUUAAUCAUAGUACGGAAAAAUCCAUAUAAGUUUGCAAUAGGAAUGGCUCAGGCACUUUUGACAGCACUCAUGAUUUCCUCCAGUUCAGCCACUUUACCUGUCACCUUUCGCUGUGCAGAAGAAAAAAACCAUGUUGACAAGAGAAUUACCCGAUUUGUUUUACCAGUUGGAGCUACAAUCAACAUGGAUGGUACCGCCCUGUAUGAAGCAGUGGCUGCUGUUUUUAUUGCACAGCUCAAUGACUUAGAGCUAGAUAUUGGCCAAAUAGUGACGAUUAGUGUAACAGCAACAGCUGCUAGCAUUGGAGCAGCAGGAGUGCCACAAGCCGGACUAGUCACCAUGGUGAUUGUACUCAGUGCAGUUGGGCUGCCUGCUGAAGAUGUUACUCUCAUCAUAGCAGUGGACUGGCUUCUGGAUCGAUUCAGAACAAUGGUGAAUGUUCUUGGUGAUGCCUUUGGAACUGGAAUUGUAGAGAAGCUCUCCAAAAACGAACUGGAGCAGAUGGAUGUCAGCUCUGAAGUCAACAUAGUGAAUCCUUUUGCCUUGGAAACAACAAUGCUUGACAGUGAGGAAACAGAGACCAAGAAAUCCUAUGUGAAUGGAGCAUUUGCCAUAGAUAAAUCUGACACCAUAUCAUUCACCCAGACAUCACAAUUCUGAAGCUCAUUGACUGACAGGGGAGUCACACUGGAUUAAAGGACAUGGAAGGCUCUACCAUGAACCCUAUUCUGGGCCCCUGACACUUCUGACCCCACUUGCUGUAACACAAAGGGAAGGGACACAUGUUCUCUGCCUCCCACACAUGCUCCCCUCAGCUGCUGCUCCUGUGCAGGCAAGCUGCUAUUUACAUUUCCCCACAACUGAGACAGUGGCCACUCUUCCUACCCAGUCAUUUGGGGCGGGAGCAGCCAACAUGUUCAGAGCUCUGGAGGUUUCUACAGGAGCCCCAGUAUAGAACCAUAGGUGCAUUCUCAGCAUAGAUACAUGCUCAUAUGAAGACCAAACAACAGGGGACCCAACCUAUUUAAGAUUCUGCACUACAGCAGGCUAAGAUUACCUAGCCAUACAUGCAUAGGAGCUGUGAAGGACAUUAUCACACAUGAAAUCAUGUAGUAAGCUAAGAGGAUAAAUGUGUUCCUUUGAUAUAGAGACAGUGUUUGCAGCAUUUGAUCAUUGUGGGCAGAUUUAUGAAAAAGAGAUUGUUAAAUACGUAUUUUUUUAAAAGUCGUGUUAUAUUCCUGAGCGAUGUAGAUAUCUGCUUGCAAUGAGCAUGCUCAUAAAUUGUGACAAUGAAUGAAGGAUGUUUUCUGAGGCAUCAUUCUAUGUUUUCCAUUCAGCUUUUCUGUGCAUGGAAUUCUUUUACAAAAAUCCUUCACCUUAUUGGAACUACAUCUUUCUCUACCAAUUGACUCUGUGCCAAAAUAUUCAUUCUUGUAGUUAAUUAAAUAGGAAAAAGAGACAAUAACCUUGCAGUAAGUGUUAACUUUUUGAAAGUGUAUGUAUUUUUAAAGUAAAUUAUUAUGGAAACUGGAAAUUAAUUAUCACAUAAGGAAUUCUGUUGUUAUGUAUUAUUUUCCAUCUUAAAUUAUACCGAUGACUGCUAAGCUAAUCAGCUUUGCUGCAAAUUGAAUUUGAUUGUUUCUCUUUCUUGAUAUAUUAGUCUUUGGGAAGUGGCAAACAACUUCAGAACAACUUCAGAACUACUGGUAUUUAUCAGCUCUAGGAGGAAAAACAUAAAAAUAAAAACAGAGAGUAAAAUGAAAAGAACCUAUUCAUGCAACAGGGUUUUUUCCUCUUCUUCUCUUCUCCUUCUCCCCUUUGUCAUUACCCACUUGCUCAAAAUCUUAUCCUGAGGGUCACUUUGUCCUUUGGACCAGUUUUGGAAAGGACUGUUAGAGGGUAUUGCACCCUCCCAAUUCCAUUGUUGGAAAGAGUUCUAAUCCCUGGAGGAAUUGUUGAAUGCAAUCCAACUUUGCCCGUAUAUGCCCCUUGAAAGGUGAAUAAUAAUCAGCAUCUUACAGGUGUUCCAAAUGCAAUAGUGGUCAGAUUAGCCAUGUGAUUUCAUUAAAAUAUUCCAUAAUAAGCAAUUUAUUAAAUACUUAAUAGGUAUUUUCUUGGUGUAAUUCCAUUUUCUAGGGACAAAAAUUAUUGCAAAAUAGAAACUUUUUUGCCUUGCACACUACAAGUUAGCUAUCUAACUUGUAAGAAAACAAAAAUUCAAAGGACCUUUUUUAUAAAUAAGCUUGUGUCAAACUGAAAAAAUGCACUUAAUUACUAUCAGUAAACAUUUAAAAAAUUCUGUAGCAUUAGACAAACUCAGUCUUAAACUUUUGUAUUCCAUAACUAAGCCAGUAUAUGUGCCAAAGAAAUUGAAAAGAACUAUAGCAUGAUUUUUAAUAAAUUGCACCUUGAGGGACAUAAUACUGUAUGUACUGAAAUACUAUAAGCUAUAAAUACAGUAUUACAACAGUGUGCAAGUGUUGAUAUGUUUAUACAAAAUAAAGGAGUGUACAGCAUAAAUCAGUCCUUUAUCUUGUGCACAAUUAUUUUUUUAAAAAGCAUUUGUAUAGUUACGCUGUUGCUAGAGAAGAAAAAAUGUCCAUAAGCAGUGGUGUUUAGCCUUUUUCUCAGCAGCUUCCCAGUCUCCUCAUCACUGCCUAAGUUCAAAUUUUGUUAUAAUCGUUCCAGCCAUGCUCUGUCCAACCUAUCCCUGUGCCAUAUCUGUAGAUUUUCACCAGGGAGCAGAUGAUAUCCUGGAGGCUUCUGCUCAUCUCUUUUAGCUGUAAAGUAGGAUGAUAGAAAACAGUCAAGUGAAUGGCUGCAAAACCUGAACUGUGUUAUACUGGAGUAGUCCUAUUAAAUAUGAGGAGGGUACUCCUGAAUAAGUAGUUUGUGACUGUGACCAUUAUUUUAUUUGUUAUCAGUAAACACGAUUUGUAUAUGAUGAGCUCACCCAUAUUGUGGCAAAUGCUUAUAUUUAAAGAGGUGAUCAGUCAUGUCAUGGCAGAGAACUCAAGAGAACUGCUUUGAAAGGGGAAGCUUGGGACCCCUGCCCAUUUGUUUUGCCUAUAGCAAACCGAAGCAAUCAAACUAUAGCUAUCAGUACUUGGUAUAUGAGAAGCAGCAGCAACAAACAUAUUCUGUAUUACAAUUGAAUUGGGUUGGUUGUUUCAGUUGUACUUUGCUUAUGUGAGCUGCUUUGGGGGUCCCCUGUGGAUCAAAAGGCAGGCUUGAAAUUAAAUAAAUAAUACUGCUAUAUCUGUUAUUCUUCUAGAUUUCUCAUGGUUAUGCCCAUGUGGAAUAAAUCGUGUACAGCAUCAUGAACUAUGAUCAACGUGUGCUUUCAUUCUUCCUACUAACUGAGGUACCCCAAAAGCACAUGAA